UCAUAUUUCCUGAUACCCAGUAUCUGUCCUGCACACACCUUGUCAGUUUCUCGGUUUUAGUCGUGCCUGUAGAUUCUCAGACCGGCCACUGAGUUACUAAGCGUUCUCGCAGUGCAAAGCUCAGAGCUGAAUGCGGAGCCGGUUUUCAAUAACAUCUGGGACCAAAGGAGGCUUUUAAGUUGGGGACAGAAAGGCACUGGUUUCAUUUACGUUAGGGUGUGGUCCUUAUAUCAACUGCCAGCAAAAUUCUUCUGAUCACCAUUGGGCUUCCACCUUCUGCCCAGGCAGGACUGGCUAGGGGGAUAAGCGGUUGCGCUGUGUCCUUCAAGUGUCAAUCUUGACCCAUUUGGAAACCACAAACCCCAGAAUCCCUUGUGCCAGGAGUUCAAGCCGCAAAUAAGAUGGCUCCAGAAGGGUGGAACAUGCCGCAGGGUGGAAACCCGAGUCCCUGGCAGUUUUUUUUUACCGGAUGUAUUCAAAUAACCGAAUCUCCACAAAUGCACCACCCCACUAACCACCUUCGAGGACCGGGGGGCCACCGCCUUGCUGGCUUCUCCAGGACAUCCUGGGAAUUGUAGUACAACCGCUGGGGUGCGCCAAACUACCUCUCCCGAGGUUUAAACUUACACGAAUCGCUCUUUUGAGGAGGAGGGGACCACCACGCAAUUGACGCGCAUAUUCUUAUAGCCAUCCUCCCUCAGCCCCCACCCCCACGGCUGGAUUCGGGUGGCUCCUCUCCGAACUGAAAUCCGAGAAGAAAUCCUUGGAUCUCUUGUUUUCUUAAAAAAAAAAAAAAUCUAGAAGCUGUCGGUAUUUUGCUUUACUGCGUCCUAUUCGCAAGAUGAAGAAGUUUUUUGACUCCCGGCGAGAGCAAGGCAGCUCUGGCCUGGGCUCCGGCUCCAGCGGAGGAGGGGGCAGCACCUCGGGCCUGGGCAGUGGUUACAUCGGAAGGGUCUUUGGCAUUGGGCGACAGCAGGUCACUGUGGACGAAGUGUUGGCAGAAGGUGGAUUUGCUAUCGUGUUUCUGGUGAGGACAAGCAAUGGAAUGAAAUGUGCCUUGAAACGCAUGUUUGUCAACAAUGAGCAUGAUCUCCAGGUGUGCAAGAGAGAAAUCCAGAUAAUGAGGGACUUGUCAGGACACAAGAACAUUGUGGGUUACAUUGAUUCUAGUAUCAACAAUGUGAGUAGUGGUGAUGUAUGGGAAGUGCUCAUUCUGAUGGACUUCUGUAGGGGGGGCCAGGUGGUCAACCUGAUGAACCAGCGCCUGCAAACGGGCUUUACAGAGAAUGAAGUGCUCCAGAUAUUUUGUGACACCUGUGAAGCUGUUGCCCGCCUCCAUCAGUGCAAAACUCCUAUUAUUCACCGUGACCUGAAGGUUGAAAAUAUCCUCUUGCAUGACCGAGGCCACUAUGUCUUGUGUGAUUUUGGAAGCGCCACCAACAAAUUCCAGAAUCCACAAACUGAAGGAGUCAAUGCAGUAGAAGAUGAGAUUAAGAAGUACACAACGCUCUCCUAUCGGGCACCAGAAAUGGUCAACCUGUACAGUGGCAAAAUCAUCACUACAAAGGCAGACAUUUGGGCUCUUGGAUGUUUAUUGUAUAAAUUAUGCUAUUUCACUUUGCCAUUUGGGGAGAGUCAGGUGGCAAUUUGUGAUGGAAACUUCACAAUUCCUGAUAACUCUCGAUAUUCCCAAGACAUGCACUGCUUAAUUAGGUAUAUGUUGGAACCAGACCCCGACAAAAGGCCAGAUAUUUACCAGGUCUCCUACUUCUCAUUUAAACUACUCAAGAAAGAAUGCCCGAUUCCGAAUGUACAGAAUUCUCCCAUUCCUGCAAAGCUUCCUGAACCAGUGAAAGCCAGUGAGGCAGCGGCAAAGAAGACCCAGCCGAAGGCCAGACUGACAGAUCCCAUUCCCACCACAGAGACCUCCAUUGCGCCCCGCCAAAGACCUAAAGCUGGGCAGACUCAGCCGAACCCAGGAAUCCUUCCCAUCCAGCCAGCACUGACACCUCGAAAGAGGGCCACAGUCCAGCCCCCACCUCAGGUUGCAGGAUCCAGCAAUCAGCCUGGUCUUUUAGCCAGUGUUUCCCAACCAAAAACCCAGCCCCCAUCUAGCCAACCUCUACCACAACCGCAGCCCAAGCAACCACCAGCUCCUCCCACCUCACAGCAGACACCUUCCACUCCGUCCCAGGGUCUACCCACUCAGGCCCAGGCAACACCCCAACACCAGCAGCAACUCUUCCUCAAGCAGCAGCAGCAGCAGCAACAGCCGCCACCACCAUCACAGCAGCCAGCAGGCACAUUUUACCAGCAGCAGCAGCAGCAGCAGCAGGCCCAGGCUCAACAGUUUCAGGCAGUACACCCAACAACCCAGCAGCCAGCAGCUGCCCAGUUCCCUGUGGUGCCCCAAGGAAGCUCUCAACAGCAGCUGAUGCAGAACUUCUACCAGCAGCAGCAGCAGCAGCAGCAGCAGCAGCAGCAACAGCCGCUGGUCACAACCCUGCAUCAGCAGCAGCUACUGACUCAGCAGGCUGCCUUGCAGCAGAAGCCCGCAGUGGCAGCAGUACAGCAGCCCCAGGCACAGCCGGCCUCAGGCUCACAGCCGACCCCUGCCCAGGAGCCUGUGCAGAUUCAAGCCUCAGUAAGACAACAGCCAACAGUUCAGACAACCCCGCCUCCUGCCGUCCAAGGACAGAAACUUGGAUCUCUCACUCCUCCAUCGUCCCCCAAGACCCAGCGUGCUGGACACAGGCGGAUUCUCAGUGAUGUGACCCACAGUGCAGUCUUUGGGGUCCCUGCCAGCAAAUCAACCCAGCUGCUCCAGGCAGCUGCAGCUGAGGCCAGUCUCAAUAAGUCCAAGUCUGCAACCACCACUCCAUCAGGCUCUCCUCGGACCUCCCAGCAAAAUGUUUAUAAUCCUUCAGAAGGUUCUACGUGGAAUCCCUUUGAUGAUGACAAUUUCUCCAAACUCACAGCUGAAGAACUGCUAAACAAGGACUUUGCCAAACUUGGGGAAGGCAAACAUCCUGAGAAACUUGGAGGCUCAGCUGAGAGUUUGAUCCCAGGCUUUCAACCAACCCAAAGUGAUGCUUUUGCCGCUUCCUCAUUUUCUGCUGGAACCGCUGAAAAAAAGAAGGGUGGGCAGACUGUGGAUUCUAGUCUCCCACUUCUAAGUGUAUCUGAUCCUUUCAUUCCUCUUCAAGUACCUGACGCACCAGAAAAGCUAAUUGAGGGACUCAAAUCUCCUGACACUUCUCUUCUGCUCCCUGACCUCUUGCCUAUGACAGAUCCUUUUGGUAGCACUUCCGAUGCUGCAAUUGAAAAAGCUGAUGUUGCUGUUGAGAGUCUCAUACCAGGACUGGAGCCCCCGGUGCCCCAGCGCCUCCCAUCUCAGACGGAAUCUGUAACCUCAAACUGCACAGAUUCUCUCACCGGGGAAGAUUCCCUGAUCGAUUGCUCUCUGCUUUCUAACCCUACUACUGACCUUCUGGAAGAGUUUGCCCCCAUAGCAAUCUCUGCUCCAACCCAUAAAGCAGCAGAAGAUAGUAAUCUCAUCUCAGGUUUUGAUGUCCCUGAGGGCUCGGACAAGGUGGCAGAAGAUGAGUUUGACCCUAUUCCUGUAUUGAUAACCAAAAACCCACAAGGUCUCCAGAGAGAGCCCAAUCCAUGUCCUGUAAUAACUGUAGAGCACUUUAAAGAAUCAACUGGUGUUAAAGGCCUUCCCCUGUAUCCAGACCCCUCCAGAGUACCUGACACGAAAACUCAGAACAAUUUAGAAUCUGACUACUUGGCCAGAGAUGGCCCUUCAAGCAACAGCUCAUUCCACAGCAGUGAAGAAGAAGGGACUGACCUCGAGGGGGACAUGCUAGAUUGCAGUGGGUCUCGACCGCUCCUCAUGGAAUCUGAAGAUGAGGACGAGAGCUGCAAGCCUCUGCAGGGGAAGCUGGGAGCAGCCGUUCCAUUCGCUCAGCCAGAAGCCUCUACUGAGCAAGCAAAGGCAGUGCAAGAUGGAAGAAAGAACCAAUUUCAAGCCCUCGUACAACCAGCCACUGAUGGCGUCGGCGAGCCAGAUGUUUUUGCCACGGCCCCCUUCAGGAUUUCAAGGGUUUCGGCUGAUGAGAUGGACAUUUUCUCCAAAGCCCCAUUUGUCUCCAAGGGCAAUGUGGCUCCUUCCCAGCCAGAGGAGGCGGAUGUGUUCUUGAGAGCUCCUUUUACCAAAAAGAAAAGUGUGGAGGAGUUAACAGUCGCCCAGAGCACCUCCCAGGAGAUGCCUGUGCAGGCUGGUCUUCUCAGUCAGACAGAUGACGUCGCUCUGCUCUCGGGCCUUGACAGAGCAGUGUAUGCCUCUGUCCGAUCUCAGUAUUCCAUGGCUGGUUUUGUCCCACAGUCCAGUCUCCCCUCCCAUCCUGUACAAGCAGCAGACCAUCUUGACAGCAUCUCACCCAGGGGAUCCGCCCUGGAAUCUGGGGGCCAUCCUAAUGACAGAAACAAAGGACUUCAGCCCCAGCAAGAAGCUAUCUCAGGCCCCAUGGCUGGCAAACCAUUCCGCCCCCAGUCUUUAUCCAAAUACUCCCGUCACUAUAGCCCAGAAGAUGAGCCAAGUCCUGAAGCCCAGCCCAUUGCUGCCUACAAAAUUGUUUCGCAAACCAACAAGCAGUCCAUAGCUGGCUCUGUUUCCAUCACAUCCCUUUCCUCCAGGACUACGGAGCUGCCAGCUGCCGAUCCUUUUGCUUUAGCACCAUUUCCUUCAAAAUCAGGCAAGCAGAAACCUUAAGAGCAAUACCUGAGCCUUAGGCCUCUCUCUCUACCCCACCCUGAAUAACCCAACACAACACUCCCAGCUGAGCCUUCCUAACAAGAAGUAUAUCAGUUACCAUCUUUCAGUUCCCUGGGUUAGAGCAGAAUGUUAGUCAACAAACUCGAGUGCAAAACCCCUUUGAGUGUGCUCAUUUCUUUUGUUUAUAUUGAUUUCUGGACUUUCAGGCAUUUCCAUGUUCACCUCUACCCAGAACGUGACCCCCCCAACCCCCGCAGAAACUAUUUAAAUCCAGAAACACUUCACGAACCCAACCCCAAAGGGGCCAUGUUACCACUAGUUCUAAUUCCUGCAAUCCUGUUGUGAGUCGUGUCCAUUGAGGAAUCAAGAUCAGUCCUGCCAGGACUUGAUUUAAUACUCUUAAAAAGGCGAUAUUUCUGGAAAGAGAUGCAAGAUGAAAAUCCUGCGUUUCAAGAGGAAGUGUAAUCCUACAGAUAUAGUCAUUCCUGUAAAACCAGCAGCUCUAGGAUUCUCUGCAUCUGUCUCCGAGUCUGCUCCAGCCAGGCCAGCCCUCGUGCAUAUGUGCCUGUGGGUGUUCAAUGUGUGUCAGAUCUUUUCCUGUCUAGAAGUGCAAACAGACGAGGUAUCUGCGCUCGUAUCUCAUGGUGUUGAGCCUUCCCUGCAUCCAUGCAGCUUUGUAAAUUAGUGAGUGCGCAGGUUGGGUGUGUGCUCACACGCAUGCAUGUGCUCACGGGAAGCAUUUUUUCUUUAGGAUAAUCCUGUCCCUCCAGGCCUACCUCCACAAUCACUCAUUUGCUGGCAUUUGUCUCCUGUACUAACUUACUCCAACCCUUUUGUUACUUAGUUUUUUUCUCACGUGAAAUUGAUUUCAUUGGCAGGUGUAGGAAAAUCCUGCUGAGGCAGGUGUCAGGGCAGGUUUCAGAGUAGAGUUCCUUUUCUCCCCAAUUUGCUCUUUGUGAUUAACAAAUUCCAUUUACCUGAUCAUGAAAAAUUAAUUGUCUACAUUUCCCCUCAGAACAAUAUAAAAGAGUACCUUGUUACAGUUUCAACCAGUGGGUAUAUGGUCUUAGUAAUUUUUAAAAGUACUUAAAAACCUGGGUCUGAGCAUUCCAUGUUGUCUUCAUGGAAUUAAUUAAUGAUGAGAGUAGGCUGCAAACUAGAUUUGCUUAUUUGUUUGUUCCAAAUCCUUACCAUCUUUCUCUACUGCUUCUUGAGGAAAUAUAAAUCUGAGACUGUAAAUAAGUUUGUAUGGGAGAAUGGAAAGGAGCUGCAUCUGUUAGCCACGAAAACCUUUAUUCUCCCUCCUCCUUAGAUGUUGUUGAAGUCAGCCAGGUAGAUGACUGACUUGUGUUUUUGAAAUGUCUUCUCUUUCUGGAAAGGUCUGACUCAUUCCUAGCUGUUUUCCUACCCUUUAUUAUUAGUGCCUUAAAAUGAAAUUUAUGUCUCAAUGGGAAGACUUCUGUUGAGGAAAUUCAGCUUAAUGGGAAGAGUUGCUACACCAUGUUUCAGUGUGAAAGCUUCUGUGACUUACAGUAAAUGUUAGGGAGUUUUUUCCCAUUAGCUGGAGAAAUCGAGGGAGUUGCUUACCAAACAAGAUGAAUGAUUUAAGAUUUCCUGGAAAUUCAGCCAAGAAUCAAGCCUGAAGGUCAAAUUCUAUUGCAGUUGAUGAGGUGUGAUAGUCUUAAAUUUAAAGUUCAUGGGUCUUGGCAGUAAACUAUAAAUAGCUGCUUUUUAAGACUUUCCCUGUGCUUGUCUCCACCUAUUUCAAAUGUCCAGAUUAAAAGAUAAAUAAUGGUACUGAUUCAGGGCUGCCAGCUAUGGUUUUCCAUCAGAGGUUCCUUUGUGCCAGAAACGAAUGUCUUUCACUGUGUUAGAUGCUAAAUGUUCAUUCUAAGAGGUUUCUUUCUCCCAGUGAUCAUCUUUGACUUUUCUGUGUAAUAGUGGGUACAAAAUUAUCUUUCAAGUUGAGUGAAUAGUUUUAGCUAAUGCAUAUGGAAUUUUGCACCUCAAACCCUUCCCUUUGACAUUAUCAAUUAAAGCUUUCAAAGGCAGGAGCCAAGAGGAUAGAAAUACUCAGGAGAGUUUUCACCCCAAAUCAGAAACUUCAAAAGAAAAAGGUCCCAAUUCACUCUUCCAAGUAUUCAGGAUUACCUCUAUAAUAGCCCUGCAAAAUGUUUUUCCCUUGGUUAUUUGAUCACAUCCUCCUAAUCAAGUAGCCAUUUUAGUUCUCAAAGAUAAAAUCAAUAAAGUGAUGGUGAUUUUUGUUAUGUAGUUGAAUCAUUUGUCAAGCAUAGACUUGUAACCUGUUUGUAGUCUCAUAGAGACCGAUGAUGGUUGGAGACUCUAAAGACCUUCUUUGGUCAAGAAACAUAAACACAAAUUACUGUUGUAUUUUUAGUGAUACAUGAAAAUGUUUUGACUAAACAUUUUUAGUCAAAGCAUUUUGACUAAGUGCUUUAAGUCAAAACAUUUGGGAGGACAUUAAUUAUUAGCUAAUAACUAGUGAAUUCAGCAGUGAUCUUUGGGUCAUAUAGGGUAAAUGCACUGUUGAAAGAUAAAAUAUUCUUGCCAGAGGCCAGCCUGAAUCUGGAAAUCUGGAAAAUUUAUUUUUAAGGGAAUCAGGAGUGCUCAGGGAGCUUUGAAUUGAAUUAGUAGUGAAUGCAUGUUUCCAGCAACUACACUGCAAUAGGUUAACAUUAAAGAGAAAAAGGAAAUAUAUAGUCAACAAAAUACUGCACUUCUUGUUUUGGUUUAUUUCGUAUGGUAUGUGCUUUACACGUCUGAUAGGCAAUGCAGGUGCAUGUUACCGUCCACUUCAGUGGAGUGCAGUGAGCCAGAAUGUAUUUUGAAUAAAGCAUUGAAUCCCAACAUGCACUGAUGAACUCUUAAAUAAUUCACAUUAAUUGACUAACGGGCACUAUUGAAAUAAUGAAUUUUCUUACGUGUGGUGAAAAAUAUUUAGCAUAUCUGUUCCUUGGGCUCACACAUAGCCCUGAGCUCCAAAUCCUUGUUAGACUGGGAAAUGGAAUGAACAACAUUUAUUGCUAAAGCAGAUGCUUGGCAGGACCUAAGGGGAUCUAGGUCAUAAACUCUUUCAUUUUGGGCCCACUCGUUGAGUUUAAAUUUUCAUAUGUAUAGGCUAGUGAGUAUGUGUUUAUAUGCCCAUAUUCUGAGUUUAAUUUGGCAACCAAGAUAUUUGUUUCUAAACUUCAAGGAAAAAUACCAGUAUAAUAUAAUUUAAGUUUUAGAGUACAUGUAUAUGAAUGUUUUCAGCAUGUGUAUAUGAUGUUCAACAGACAUUUCACUGAUUUCAGUUUAUUUAAAAUAAGUGUAACUACCAGAGUGAUCUGACAAUAGAAAUUCAAUCAUGCUGUAUUUGAUUACAUAAAGAAAAAUCAUCAAAACCUAGAUUCUAUAGUAUGUAUGAAUUAUAUCAAAUAGGAAACUUUAUUAUAUAGGAAACUAAAGAAGGGUGAGAUCAAACUCUCUAACAGGAAGGAUACAAUUUAAAAUGGAGUCACUUAGUUCCCUUUAAUAAAUGUCAUUCUGUGUCUUUGGAUUGGAAUUGGAGAACAUAUGCCAGUCACUGUGGAAUGGCUGCUGUCUACACAGAUGCAGUUUUUGAAAAAAAAAAACUGCGAAACAUUCUGAAAAAUUUGGAAUCCAGAUUACUUUGAUUUAAGGGCCAUAGGAGAGCCACUGAAAGGUCCACGGCUUCUAAGGAGUUAGGAGCACCUUGUAAAACCUCACAGCCACCGCCGAGUUCUGAUCCUCCAAUCCUGCCUGAUGGAGUAAACAUGAAGAUAUUAAAUGAAAUCAUGUAAUAUAAAAUCUUAGUUUUUUCGAUGCCUUUGUCAACUGCUACUUGUAGUUUAUUGGGGUUUUUUGUUUGUUUUUGUUCCUUUUUGUGUUCAAGGACACUUGCAAACUUGUGACUUACGAAGUUCACUUGAGGAAUUUCGAAAUGCUUGAAAAUAAAAAGUAGUGUCCGGUUGGGAA